AUUUGCAGUCUGCAGAUAUCGUUAAUUGCACCAAGCCACUCUCCCUCUCCCUCCACACUUCUAUUUCUCUCCACUCACAUUCACUACCUCUCUCUCUCUCAUAGCCAUGGAUAGUCCGACAAGCGUACGCAUUGCCGGAAAACCGCCGGUGGUCCUAUCUCCGUCUGCCUCCAGCUCUCCGGAAUUUGAGUUCUGGCGUCUCACAAACCCGUCAUCUCAACCCGACCCAGAUUUCAUCUCCGCCGACGAGCUAUUCCUCGACGGCGUCCUCCUCCCUCUUCACCCCCUCUCCGUCAAACCCGCCCACUCGCUCGAUCCGGAUCCUCCUCCCUCCGGCCCGCCUGCUCCUCUCGUCACUGAACCCGAGUCUGCGCUAAAAGCGGAACCCGGAACCGGGCCCGAGUUGACCCAUGAGUCGCUGGUUUCCGGGUUCACAGCGUCCAAGCGGUGGAGAGAUAUAUUUAGGAAGAACGAUAAUAAACCGCCGGCGAAGAACGGAGAAGACAAGGAGAAGGAGAAGGAGAAGGAGAGCAAGAGAAGGGAGAAGAAGAGCCAAACCGGGUCGGGUGCGGGCGCGGAGCUGAACAUUAACAUCUGGCCGUUCUCGAGGAGCAGAUCCGCCGGGAACAGCGUGAUCCGACCCAGAAUGUCGUUUGGAUCUCCAGCAGCCCGGAAGGUGAGCAGCGCCCCGUGUUCCCGGAGCAACUCCGCCGGAGAGUCCAAGUCAAGGAAGUGGCCGAGCAGUCCGGGUCGGGUCGGGGUCCAUCUUGGUCGGAACAUCCCUGUUUGGCAGGCCCGUCGCGGAGUUCCCGCCGGGAAAACUGUCUUCGAGCCGCCGGUGGGGCAGAGCUCCGGCGGGAGGGGUGUGAGAGGCAAAAGGGAAAUUAGCGAGGCGAAGAGGGGUAAAACGGUAAAUGAGAACCACAAAGCGAAAAUGCUGAAUUUGAACGUGCCAACGUGCAUCGGUUAUCGGAGUCGGUUGGGCUGCCAAAGCAACGAGAGUGGAAGUAGCAAUAACCGGAGUGGGAAUAGCAACAUCGGGAGUGGCAAUAGUAACAACCCCAAUGCUACCAACACUCUAUUCGGUCUGCGUAAUCUUUUCAUUAAGAAGGUUCAUUAACUUAUUUUUGUUUUCUAAUAUAUAAUUUUCUCUUCAAACCCUCGGCAGAUAAUUUUGAUGUUGUGUGAAUCGGAAGAUCCUCGUGUAUUUAGCUUAUACUGUAAAUGCAUAAUCUAAUCCUUUCAUUUAACCAUGUAAUCAAUUUAUAUAUGAAUUUAAGUUAUGGUUUUUAUUAA